AUGUCCAUUCUGCCACUCCCUGUUUCAAACAAAAUAACAGGCUUCAUUAAAGCUUUUUUGCAACCAGAAUAUAUGCCUGGAAAUGACAGAUGGAUGUGCCCACAGUGCUCUUCCCUUCAAGACAGUACCCGGGAAACUGUCUUCACCCAGUGUGGAGAUAUACUGAUCAUCCAACUGAAAAGGUUUAACUGUAUCCAAGGAAGAUCUGUGAAAAAUAAUAAAUUUGUUUCUUGCCUCGCCCAAGGUCACGAAACCCUAAAAGUUUAUUCCCAUCCUGCGGAGGAUAUAUCAUUCACAAACCAAUAUAAAUUAACCGCCACUAAUAAUCAUUCAGGCACACUGGCGGCUGGUCACUACUGGGCUUUCAUAAGAGAUCAGGGUGUUAAAACAUGGUUAAAAUGUGAUGAUAGGGCAGUGAUUAGUGUCAAGCCAUCUGAUCUAGAUAACUCCACAGUGUUACCGUUCUGUAAGGAGGCUAAGUUGGCUCACUUAGUCUACAGGGUUAACGAUCCUGCUAUACCUGAUGUUACGAAGAAGCUAUAUAAGGGGUUUUCAUUUCUAUCUUUCUUGUUUCCGUGA